CCUUUCGCCUCUAAGGAAAGCUACUCAGUGAUUGCACUUGUGAAUUUUAAUUAAGUGAUGUGAUGCAUCACCACUCCCAAAGUGCCUUCGAAGAGCUAAUUAGUUCCAUUUUCGGAUAAACGUGACCAUUCCAACAAUGAAUUUUGCUCUAUGGAAAGAACGACAUAUCAAAUCAAACAACCUUGAAUGGACCAUGAUGGAGCAGAUGUGUGAAAUUUAGAAGAUUUUGAGUCAUCUUUAUUAUUGCGCGCAUUGAUGUGUGUGGGAGAUUCAGCGCACGUUGACAUCGCGCUACGAAACACAUCUUGGACGGCGAUUUCAAUGAAUAAAUCUAUCUGGCCACAACACGGCUAUAUGGCUACUUUAAUGUGCUUGACUGUUCAUAUCGAUUUUCUGGUCUCGCUUACUCAUAGUCCGUACUUGUAACCAGUGAUAAGUGACAACCACCUCCCUCCAAAUUCGGGCACAAAAUGACUGACUAUUCGCAGACAGCAACCGUCACGCAAACGACCACGGUGACCCAGCCAUACAUCCGCUACGAUCCGGAAUACGUUCGAUCGAUUCCGGGCAUUAUCAAAAUUGUCUGCAUUGUGCUGAAUCUCAUCGGUUUCAUAUGCAUCGAAGUGUCAUACUUUAGUCACCUAUCGCGUGGAUCCUUCUUCAAUACGGUGGCGAUGAUAGGAUUCUGGUUCAGCGGUAUCAUGCUAGUGUUCUAUCUGUUUCACGUUUGCGAAAAGUUCCACAAAAUACCGUGGCUUAAAAUAGAGAUGUACUUCUGUGCAGCGUGGACGCUCCUCUACAUGCUGGCGUCAUCGUUAGCCGCAGCGGCAAACGUCGAAGCUUUCCAGGCAGCUGCAUUUUUCGGUUAUUGUGCCAUGGUUGCGUACGGAUAUGAUGCAUUUCUGAAGUACAAAGCCGUCAGUGCCGGCGAAAUCGCUCAGGGCUCCCGUACCGUCCAGCAGCAGCAGCAACAGCAGACUGUUUCCACCGUGACAACCUACUGAGCAGAUGGGGUUUGGAUGGUUUAUUAUCUCGGAUAUUUACGGUUUAGGUUUUUAAGAAUGACUGUUAUCUCGUUAGUUUCGUAUAGAAUCGAACUCGCUUUCCGUACUCACCGAACAAAAGUAUCGCCAAAUUAUCGCCUGCAGUGUGCUUUCAAGUGAUUGAACGUUGGGCCUCGUUUAUUUUAUCUCAGUGAUGAAUCAAUUAUUUUCAAUAGUCCAUUUCUUUGGAAUAUUCAAAGGAAGCAAAUCUAGUUUAGUAGUUUGUAAGAUUUCCGAAGUAAACCAACAAUUUCGAAUCAAGUUAUUUCUUAAUGAAGUUUUGUACAGAUAAUUUGUUAUAAUUUUCUUAGUUGUGAAACACGAUAAAUUUCUCUGCCUCAGUUACAUGCAACAAUCUAACACAAAUUUUAUAUUAUACGUCUUCACCGAGUAAUGCGCCUUAACUGUGUAGAUUUGAAUUGUAGUUGUAAACUUAGACCAAUAACUAUCUGACCACCAAAUAACAAUCUAAGCUGUUUUACAUCCAUCCAUAGCAACCUUAAAGUCAGCAGUAAUGUCACCAAUGUACUAUUCCGUGUGGUAUUAAUAUAUAUUUAUAUGUGCAUUUGCAUUAGUGUAUAACUGUAUAAAAAUCGCAAAUAAAUUAUUUAUACAAAAA